AUGCAAGAGCGCGAGUUUCAGAACAUGUUCAUAUUCUCACCUGGCUUUGAAGCGGCGACACUCAAGAUCCCCAGCAAGGAUCAAGAAGAUGAUAUGACUAACAACAAUCUCAGUAAUAAUGGGAGAAAGCAAAUUAUUGGUUUCGCCAAGUUUCGUACCAGGUUUGAAGCGCUUGAGGCCAAGGAAAUCUUGAGUGGUCGUCGAGUUGACGCAGAAAAGGGCUCUGUGCUGAAAGCAGAAAUGGCGAAAAAGAACUUGCAUACAAAACGAGGCUUCACUUCAUCCACGGUCACUACGCCCAAUAACGGCGGCUUGCCUUCACCAGGAGUUACUUCGCCUACUGGGUUCCGCAGCUUUGGAGCAUUGGGCAUCAGCACCAACCCGGCGGAUCAGAAUCCGCCAUGCAACACACUGUAUGUCGGUAACCUACCGCCUAACGCAAGUGAAGACGAGCUCAAGGCAAUGUUUUCAUCUUGUGUAGGCUACCAGCGCCUCAGUUUCCGUAACAAGUCUAACGGACCAAUGUGUUUUGUGGAAUUUGAGGAUAUUGCAUGCGCCACACAGGCGAUGCAGGAUCUCUACGGUAAUCUGCUUAGUAACUCUGUGAAAGGUGGUAUCCGACUUUCGUUCAGCAAGAACCCAUUGGUAAGGCAUCUGAUUUCGAAGGGUUAUUUUCGGUUACUGAUAUGUCUGCUACCUCGAUUUAUUAGGGCGUACGUCAAAACUUACCAACAUUGGAUCAAUGAAAAAACAAUCGCACCAGCAACAAAUCAACUUAAUCAUUUCUUUAUCCUAAAGCAAGCUUCAGACAUUAAAUCAAUACCACAAUAAUAACAACAACAGCAACACAUACAAAAAAAUCAUAAAAUCGCAUCAUGUAUACAACAACAACAACAACAAACAAACCCUUCUCUCCAAUUUUCUUGUUCGCCAAGCCCUCUUUUCUCUUACUUUUAUACUAUUUUACGAUAUUAUUUCUAUACUUACCACAUAAAUAUAACUCAUGCCCUCACAACCCAUAGUAUCUUGGUCCUCAAGUUAUCAUACAGUCAAAUAUAUUUAUACGUUAUCAUUAUUAUUAUUAUUAUUAUUGUUAUUAUUUUUAUAUAUUGAUCUAGCAACACAUAGCAAAC